AUGCAUUUAUGACAAAAUAAAAGUAGUAAUAAAGGUAAAAAGUCAAAUGGAGUUUGUGAUUUAAUUAAUUAGGUAUUUUUAAAAUAAUGCAUUUGAAAAAGAAUUGACGGUUUGCCCUUUAACUUCAUCCGGGUCGAUGUAUCGGCUCCCUUCGUAGGAAGUUCACUAGUUAAACACAAGACGACUCUGAUCACGUUGCCUUUUACUAUUUUUUUCUUAAUUCUUUUAUUAAAAAGAACAGCCAUCAUGAUCAGGCCAGUAUCUCUCAGCAGGUUGACUCCUCAGGUUCUGUUCUGCACCAGAAGAUCAUCUCUUCUCUCAGCCUGUUUUCAGCAUCGUUCAGCUCACACCUCAAUCUUUAGGAGUCGUUGUGAAACCAUCACACCGAAAGUCACCACCCUGGUCAGAUACUCGGACUUGUCCACGCAGAAAUACUCUAUGAUUUACACCCUGCCACACAUUAAGCUCCUCAGAGCUAUAUCCAGGCUGAAGCUGAUUCAGACGGCAAUCACUAUGGUGCUCUUGCCCUCAGUGUACGUCCUCUACUUCCAAGGACAUGUUUCCUUCUUUCUAGUUGGCUACUCAUCUGGGAUUGCACUAUUCGCUGGCGUCAUGCUCUAUGCGGCCAGUCACGUUUUUAGGAGAGUUGUGGGAAUGAUGUACCUGGAUCCGUCCCAGACUACGCUUAAAGUUUCUCACCUCACAUUCUGGGGCAAGCGCCAAGACAUCUACCUGCAGGUGUCAGACGUUAUGACCAUAGGUGACACUGGAGACUCUGCAACUGAGGCUAUACUGAAACUAAAGAGAUACAGCAGUCCAGACACCUUUUAUUUCUCAACUCAUUUUGGACGGGUGGUGGAUAAAGAAGGCUUUGAAAAGGUCUUUGGAAGUUUAAAAUAAUUACAAGA